AUAAUCUAAUUUCUGCUAGUUAUUGGUGGGGUUACACGCAUCAUUUUGUUACAAGUUUACAAGAAUAAAGUUACUAAGAUUUUGAGAAGAAUUUCUCUACUUUUGAAAAGUCGCGCUAUUUGUUGAGCUCCCUUUUAUUUGCUUGUUGUGGUUGUUUAUUCAGUCUUCCAGCAUUUAUGGACUGGCUUAAAAAGAUGGCUUAUGAUUAUCGGAAUUCGCGAUUAUCAACUAGAUCAUCAUCACUAUCAUCAUCAUUUAACAAACAGUCCAAGGAGACACCGCUUUUGACCAUGAAUAAUCCAUAUUGUACUAAACCGUGUUCAGUGACUCUUCACAAGUUAUCAUCUGAGUUUAUUUCUGAUGCUUUGAAUGGCAGAAUCAAGUGGAAAGGAUUGUUCAAAGGCAGAGGAGCCAAAAACCAACUUGAUUUGGAAUCCUAUGUUAGAAAGAAACUUGCUGCAAAGGGAAAUAGCUAUGAGAUAAGAAAGCCAUCCCCAGAGCCAGAGCCAGAAGAUUCGGAGCACUCCAAUGAUGGGACAAUAUGUGAUGGUGACGAUGACGAGGAAUACACUACUCCUGUUAGACAAUUGAGAGUAAGAAAACCAAAAAAACUACUUAAAUGCAAAGAUUGUAAUUUCACCACAGCCGAGCCAGAUAAUCUACUCCUACAUUCAGCUGCCCAUAAAAGCAAUUGUGAAGAAUGUAAUUUAACAUUCGAAAAUAAGUUUAAAUAUCAACUCCAUGUCUAUGAAACCCAUAACCCGCCUGUUGAGCUUAAAAAUCACAUUGUUUAUGGGUGUAAAGUAUGUCAACAUUUUUUUGAUAUUGAAGAAGAUGCUCACAAUCACCUUGCCUCUCAUGCAGAUAUUGUUGAAGGUGGUAAAUAUGCAUGUGCUUUAUGCAGAGCAACUUAUGCCAAAGAAAACAGUUUGACCACUCACCUGUCUAGUAAGCAUAUAUUUUAUAAGUGUACUUUUUGUGAAUUUCUUGGCUCUUCUUUUGAUAUUUUGGAAAGACAUUCUCUUAAUACACAUGCUGCCUAUGGUAAACCCUAUCCAUGUAGUCUUUGUGAUUUUCGCAGUUCUAACUUUGGUGCGUUAGGGCUCCACCGUAAAACGAAUCAUGCUCUAUUAGCCGAUCCACAAGGUGAAAGAUGCCGGUUGUGCUAUAUUUUGAUUGAGCCAGAUCGAGAAGCUAUAUUAGAACAUCUCAUAAGUCAUGUAGAUUGUUGUCUAAUAUCAUGUACUAGUUGUGAUUUCAUGUGCAACUCUUUUCAGCUGAUGAGAAACCAUGGUUUAGAUUUUCAUGGUACACAGGAUCUCGAUGCUUUCGCUCAGCUAAUUGAUUUGAAUAUCUUGAACAAAGCCAUAAAGGGGUCUUUAGAUGCACAUUUUGGAACUGCAUCGAACAAAAAAAGUGCAAGGACUAAACCUACCUUUACUGAAACUAAUAUGGCAAUUGCUGGCUUGAACUCCAGUGGCUUUAUGGGUCUUGAUCCUAUAAUUGAUUCGCCAGUCAAAGUUAUUCCUAUGGAAAGCAGUGUUCUUAAUAUUCAAGGAGUAAUGGCUGAUCAAGACCCAUUCUUAGGUGGUUUUGCUGCGCCUUUAGAUCCUAUGAUUUCUUUUAGUAGCUCAGCUAAUGAGGCUGAAAUUAACGAAUCACUGCAUCACGCAAAUAGUAGUUUUAUAUUGCAAGAUCUGUCGAAAGAACAAAAUCACACGAUUAGCUCAGAACAAGCAGAGGAAGAAGAUGAUGAAGACCAUUCUGAUCCUCAGACUAGUAUCACUGUUCAUCCAUGUUGCGACCCUCUUGGAAUGGCAUUUGACUCAGCUGUUAAUCAACCUCAAGUUCCAAUACCAUCUGAGGGCAUCCUUUCGGUAGAUCCAGAGACUGGUCAGUUGUAUUUACAAGGUUUACCAGUUUACGAUGAAAAAGGACAAGCAAUUUACGUUGCCAUUCACGAAUCUGCUCAACCAUCUCAUGACGGAGACUCUCCAUCAAAAAAUAUAAAGGAUGUGCAAACUGUUAUUGAAGAAUCAGCUGAACCUGUGCCAAUGGAAAAAAUGCUUAAUACGUGAUGCUCUCUUGCUACAAAUGCUAAUUUUCUAUUCUCUUCAAGAUUCACUUUCUCAUUUAAUGUUUGUUAAAUUUUUCACUCUUUUUCUACAAAAUUUUCAUUUUACUUACUUUCUGCCCCAAAAAGGAACCCUAUUUUUCUUCAUCUAUCCUCAAAAAGAUUUUCUGUUAAUUUUAAAUGUACAAAUCUAAGUCUGACUGUAUUAAAAUACCUAUGGUUAACUUUAACAAAUAAUACAACUUUUACAAUAGUAUUUGUACUGUCUCACGAUUGUGAUCAAUAAAUUAAAAAGAUUUUUUUC